AGUGCACGGUGACGGUCAGGCCGGAGUGGCUCCGUCCGAAAAAUAGAAAAACAUCUGUUGUUCGGGAGGCGCUUACCAAACUAACUCACUUUGGCGUCGGCUCGUCGUUUCCAAAGUCCGGAUGGUUGUGUGAGUAGAAGACAGGUCGACAUGGCACACAUCUGGGAGCAUCUGUGCACGACGGUGAAACUACGAGCGACACUUUUGCUGCUUCUCUUCCCUCUUGUUGUGUCUUUCGCCGGCGCCUCGACGGAGGAGACACCCGAGACCUACGACCAGUACUACAAUUACGUGGACCUGACGGCCCGGCUGCAGCGGCUGGCCCAGAGAUACCCGCACAUCUCCAACCUGUCGAGCAUCGGGGAGUCUGUGGAGGGCAGGCAGCUGUGGGUGAUGCGCAUCACCCGGGACCCCCACAUGGACCCCCGGGGGAAACCCCGGUUCAAGUACGUGGGGAACAUGCACGGGGACGAGACCGUGUCCAGACAGGUGCUGGUGUACCUGGUGGAGUACCUGCUGGGUCAAUACGGGGAGGAGGAGCGCAUCACCGAGCUGGUGGACAGCACGGAUGUUUACAUCAUGCCCAGCAUGAACCCGGACGGGUUCGAGAAGUCCAGAGAGGGGGACUGUCCCGGGGACUCCGGGGGACGGAGCAAUGCCAGGAACAUGGACCUGAACCGGAGCUUCCCCGACCAGUAUGACGGGAACACGGUCGAUCCACGGGAUAUACCCGAGGUGAUGGCGGUGAUCAGGUGGAUCCAGGAGAAGAAAUUUGUGCUGUCUGGGAACCUGCAUGGUGGCACUGUGGUUGCCAGUUACCCUUUUGAUGACUCGCGCCUCCACAAGCAUCAAGGAUACUACAGCCAGUCAGAGGAUGACAGUCUGUUUCGCUAUCUAGCCCUGGUGUAUUCCCAAAAACACCCUGUGAUGAAGACUGGGACGCCUAACUGCACUGAUACUCCUGAAGAAACUUUUCAAGAUGGUAUUACCAAUGGAGCACAGUGGUACGAUGUGCCAGGAGGAAUGCAGGACUACAACUACCUCCAUGGAAACUGUCUGGAAAUCACAAUGGAGUUAAGUUGCUGCAAAUAUCCUCCUGCUGCCGAGCUUCACAAGGAGUGGGAUCUCAACAGGGAAUCGCUUCUAGCCUAUAUGGAAAAGGUGCACAUGGGUGUUCGUGGUUUUGUUAAAGAUGCAGUUAGCGGAGCUGCCCUCAGCGAUGCCAGCAUCGUCGUAUCAGGCAUUCGUCACAACCUGACCACCGCAAAAUAUGGGGACUAUUAUCGCCUUCUGCUUCCAGGAACCUACAAUAUCACAGCUGUUGCGUCUGGGUAUUUGGCAAUGACAGUCAACAAUGUCAAGGUGACUGAUGGCAAAGCCACUGAGCUUAACUUUACUUUGGCACCUGUGGCCACUGAGGCAGCAGGCAACAAUACAACAAAACAGUCGACAGUCACAGUGCCGUCCACCAGUCAUCCAAACGUUUCCUCUACAAACUCUCCUAACUCCACCCAGACCCCAGUGGUCCCCCAUGAAGGAAACAAAAACGGCACUCCUUUACUCCCACCAUUGCAUCAGUCUAUCCAUCCCCAGGAAUUUCGCCAUCACAACUACGCAGACAUGGAGUUGUUUUUACGAAAGUACAGCAGCGAGUUCCCUGCUAUUACCCACCUCCACAGCAUUGGCCGCUCUGUGGAAGAUCGUGAGCUGUAUGUGAUGGUUAUCUCAGACAACCCGACUGUUCAUGAGCACAAUGAGCCAGAGUUUAAGUAUGUAGCUAAUAUGCAUGGCAAUGAAGUGGUGGGUAGAGAGUUAAUGCUCAACCUCAUUGAGUAUUUGUGCCGCAACUAUGGCAGUGACCCGGAAGUCACUGAGUUGGUCAACAACACCCGUAUUCACAUCAUGCCCUCUAUGAACCCUGACGGCUAUGAGGUGGCCAUUGAAGGUGACGUGAAGAGCUACAAAGGACGCAACAACAGCAACAACUAUGACCUGAACCGGAACUUCCCAGACCAGUUCAUUCCCACCACAGAUCCCAGACAGCCAGAGGUCAUAGCUAUGAUGAACUGGCUCAAGAGCACCCCCUUCGUCCUGUCAGCUAACCUCCAUGGAGGCUCUUUGGUUGUCAACUACCCUUUUGAUGACGACAAGGUCAGGAUUAGUCAUUACAGCAAGUCACCUGAUGACGCCGUCUUUCAGCAGGUUUCAAGAGCCUAUUCACAGGAGAAUCCUCUGAUGCACAAAGGACACCCUUGUGAGGACUUGUACCCUGGGGAGUAUUUUGAGGAUGGGAUCACCAAUGGUGCUCACUGGUACAGUGUUUCUGGUGGCAUGCAGGACUGGAAUUAUGUCAACACCAACUGUUUUGAGGUGACCAUCGAAUUGGGUUGUGUCAAGUACCCCUUGGCCAAAGAAUUACCGAAAUACUGGGAUCAAAACCACCGAGCCUUGCUGCAGUUUGUACACCAGGUUCACACUGGAGUGCAGGGCACGGUCUCUGACAUUCGGGAUGGCACAGGGAUCCCCAAUGCCACUAUUACCGUGGAGGGUAUAGACCACAACAUCAGCACAGCUCGUACCGGAGACUACUGGAGACUGCUGGUCCCUGGGACUUACUCCAUCACUGCCACCGCCCAUGGUUAUAAACCUGUGAAGAUCUACGCCACAGUCUCAAAGGAUCGAGCGGAAGUAGUGGACUUCAGACUGGCACGUUUAUACUCUGGCGGUGAUGGCCAGUCUCCCAUGGGUCCCCGUCCCGUACAGAACCCAUCUGAGAAGGAGCUCCAGAGCUUAAUUAAGGAACUCUCUCUAGGCCAGGGUUUGGAGCAGCUAGUCAAGAGCACGGCCACGGAUAACAGCUUCCGCUACAGACGCCCUAAAGAGCUGUCUGACAUCUUGCGUGGCCUCACACUUAACUUCCCAGAAAUUACAUUUUUACACAGUUUGGGUCAAAGUGUGGAGUUCAGAACCAUUUGGGCCCUGGAAAUAUCCAACAAACCAGCAGAAGCUGAACCAUCUGAGCCAAAGAUCCGCUUUGUAGCCGGGGUCCAUGGCAAUGCCCCAGUGGGCACAGAGCUGCUGCUGGAGUUUGCAACCUUCUUGUGUAUCAACUAUGGCAAGAACCCAGCCAUCACCAAGCUAAUCAAUGAGACCCGGAUUUUCAUUGUGCCCUCUGUCAACCCCGAUGGACGCGAACAAGCUGUUGAGAACCAGUGCACGUCCACGCAGGGCCUGACCAAUGCUAAUGGCAAGGAUCUGGACAUGAACUUCUUUGGCAACGCAUCGGAGCGAGUAGUUGAAGCUGAACCUGAGACCAGAGCAAUGAUGAACUUUAUUCUGAAGAAGGACUUCACCCUGUCUGUUGCGCUGGAUGGAGGCUCCCUCGUUGCCACCUACCCUUAUGACAAACCUGUUCAGACUGUUGCAAAUGAAGGCACAGUGAAGUACUUGGCAAGUAUGUAUUCCAACAACCACCCCAAGAUGCACCUCGGGGACACUGGGUGUUCCAACAAUGGGCAAACGGGAAACAUCCCAGAUGGAGUCAUGAGAGCAGCAGAGAGACAAAGUCACCUGGGCAGCAUGAAGGACUUCAGUAUGGACUUUGGCCACUGCCCAGAAAUCACAGUGUACACCUGCUGCUGUCUGUUUCCCCCUGCUAAUCAGCUGGCCACGCUGUGGGCGGAGAACAAGAAGGCCCUCCUCAGCAUGUUGGUGGAGGUCCACAAAGGGGUACGCGGUGUGGUGAGGGACAGAAAUGGAAAACCUAUCGCUGGAGCAGUCAUUUCAAUAAAUAGAGGAGUGAGUGUGUUUUCUUCAGAGGGCGGCUACUUCCAUGCACUCCUUGCUCCUGGAAGCCACGAUAUCGAAGCCAUUGCUGAUGGGUACCAGCGGCAACGUCAGAAGGUCCCCGUGUCUUCCUAUGAAGCUGCCAGUCCCAUCAUUAUUGAGCUCGACAUGGACAACAGCAUCUUCGGCUUGCCCAGAGAGUUUGUUGUGGCCAGUGCAGCGGCCUCCAUGACGGCUUUGGUGGUGACGGCGUGCAUCAUCUGGUGUGUGUGUGCAGCCAAAUCAAACCGUCAGAAAGAUGGCUUCCACCGUUUGCGACAGCAUCGCGACGAUUACGAUGAUGAGAUACGACUCACCUCCAUGGGCUCCAAGAAGUCUCUCCUUGCCCACGAGUUUCAGGACGAGAGUGAAAGUGAUGAGGAGACAUUGUACGCCAACCAAAUCUAAGACGCAUUGUUCCAGUUUGGCUCAGUGCUUUACUUUUUUGAGUUCCCCUUCACAGUCAAACCCCUGAACUGACCAUCAAGGAAGAUAAUUGACUUGAGAAAUAGCGGCUUCUCUGUUUCUCUUUGUGAAUGAUAUAA